UUAUUUUGAAAAUCCGCAAUGAAGCUGUUCUCGAAAGCAGGCGUUCUUCCGGUGGCUAACAUGCUAACUGUUUACGUAUCAACGUGUCGACUGGAACGCAGCAGCGUCUGUUCGGAUGCGUUUAAAUUGACUUUAUGAACAUAAUCUGGAUUUUAUUGUCUCAGGCAGCAAAGCUAAAGGAAGCUAGCGUAGCAUGCGGAGCAGGAAAUAGACGGAGCCGGAAGUAGUCGGAGCAGCUUCGUGUUUCUCACCGAGACAACACGUCCAGAUAAACACGUCCUGUGUCCGAGUGGACUCUGUGCUGUGACUUUAUUCAACAUGUUUCACAUCUGAAUCAUCUCCUGGUGUCCCGCCAAGCUAAUGAGGCUAACUUAGCUCUCCGCAGGAAGUAGACGGAGCCGGACGUGCUGUCUGUGGAGGAGAAGUUCUGCUGUGACUCAGUGAAAAUGUCUAAAGUCCAAACGCUGAGAGUCUUUGUGAAGCAGCGACUAACUGCAGCUGCUGAAGAGAUAUUCGAGCUGUUUGAAAGAACGAUAUCAGAGUACGAGGAGGAACUGUGUCGACACCGGAAACUACUGGACGCUGUUUUACAGCCUCAGGUCCAGUUACACAGAGCAGACAUCCAGCUGCUGUCAGUGAGUAAAGAAGAGGAUCCUCCUGAGCAGCAGGACUGGAGCUCUGGACUGGACCAGGAGGAACCACCAGAGCCGCCCCACAUUAAAGAGGAACAGCAGGAAGUGUGGGCCAAUCAGGAGGAGGCUGACGUCACUGAGGUCACAUUCACUCCUGUCACUGUGAAGACUGAAGAAGAUGAAGUAGAAAACUGUGGAGGACCAGAGCCAGACAGGAACGUUAAGCCUGAUAGUCAUUUACAACCAGUGACACAUGACAAGACUCCGGACGUUUCUGUAGAAUGUUGGGUUCUGGAUGAGACCAGGGAACCUCAGUCCGGUUUAAACCUCCUGAACAACUACCGAGGAGUUACCACUGGUGAGAAAUCGUUCCCGUGCUCAGACUGUGGUAAAACAUUCAGCCAAAACGCAAAUCUGAAAACACACAUGAGAAUUCAUAGAGGAGAGAAACCAUUCAGUUGCUCAUUUUGUAGCAAGAGGUUUAUACAGAAGAUACAUCUGGUCCGCCACCUGGCGCUGCACACGGGGGAGAAACGACACAGCUGCAGCACUUGUGGCAACAGGUUCACUUGGCAUUAUCAGCUCAAAAACCACCAGUGUGUCGGUCGUCAGUCCUCACGGUUUCAUCUAAGCCGAGAGCAUUUGAAGAUAGAAACUGAUGAAUUAGACAAGAACCUUAAUCCUGAAAGUGCUACAAGCUUUGGUUACGAUGGACAGCUGCAGAAACACAAUGGAGUCCAAACAGGACUGAGGUCUUUCAGCUGCCCAGUUUGUGGUAAAAAAUACCCUCAGAAUAAAUCUUUAACAGAUCACAUGAGAAUCCAUUCAGAAGGAAAAGGAUUCAGCUGCUUGGUGUGUAAAAAGAUGUUUCCAUCGAGAGGAAGUGUCGUGACACACAUGAGGAUCCACACGGGGGAGAAACCCUUCAGUUGUUCCGUCUGUGGGAGAGGAUUUACAACAGGCUCAAAUCUGACCGCACACAUCAGAGUCCACACCAGAGAGAAACCUUUCACAUGCCCCGUUUGUAAAGUGAGAUUCAGUGACAGAAGCACUUUGUCCAGACACGUGAGAAUUCACACCAGGUAGAAACCAUUCACUUGUUCCGUUUGCAGUAAAAGCAUCACGUUGUAUGGAAAUCUGAGAUGACACAUGAGAAUCCACGCGGGAGAAACCAUUUGAUUGCAGCAUCUGCAAUAAUAGAUUCAAUCAGCUUCACCAAAACAUCAGUGGAGAUGCUAGUUGAGCACAUUUCAUCCAGCAGGACUGAAGCAUGGAGACCAGCCUGAUGUUCAUUUAGUUUCUGUCUUUAUUUGUGUCUGGGUUACUUUAUUACAUCUGGGAACUGCACUGUUAAACUCUAAAUGUGUUCAUUGAUUCGAGAUUUGAUUAAAUUUGUCUGAGGACACGUUCAGAUUUGUGUCUCAAUCUCGUGUAGUUGUUUCUCUGGGCUUGCUGCUGUCUCUGCUGUCUCAUGAAGCAAAAAUUAAACUUCAUUUUCUCCCUCAA